GUAUAAUCGAGCAAAUAAGUCGCAAUCGUGCCGCGCUGAGGACUGCCGACGACUACUUCGCCCAUACAAACGUUAAUCGAUACAGUAAAGUCAUAGAAAAAUUCUCGUAUCUCACCUCAAUCUCGCGAGAACCGCCGUAGCAGUGACUCUCGGAGUUUGCCCAACGUGUUCCCAACGUGCUUCCCGAUCCCUCAAAGUCGCCGCUGCCGACACUCCACCGUUUGAAACCGUCCUAUCGUCCUCUGCGCGCGUGCUGCGAAACAAACAUCGCGAAAAUUCGAUUUCUACAAUUUUUUUGCUUCUGCGGCAAAGUACGACCGACCGAAGUUAAAGCGCACAAAUCGGAAAAUAAAGUACGCAAAUCGCACAAGUAUCUUCAUUUCCACAGGCAUUAGAGGCGCAUCGUUCUCGCGAAUCGUUCUUGAACAUUUUAAAUUGCAAUUAAUUGUGGCGAGCGCGAGUGCGCGCGCACACGCACGUCUUCACGUUGCGAGACAGUAUCGAGUGUCAGAGUGAUAUAACGAUGUAUUCAAUUUCGAUACGUACAGUGCGCGGAAAAAGUAUUCGCGCGGCUCAACUUAUUUGAGAAAAUUUGACACAAAUAAUUUGAGAAGCCUUGCGAGUACUCUUAAACAUGUAAUAACAUUAUAUCAAUGUUAUAAGUUCCCUCAACAAUAUCUCGCGUGCCGACCUACAUACACCGCUGUUCUUCGACGGUGCAUAUGAAACUACGCUAAAAUGCCGCUCAAUUACCGUAAGAAGAGGUGCAGCAGGUGUGCGUCGCGGUAUCGCGUCUCGACUUCCGAUUAAUCGUCCAGUGUGAUCAGUUAUCAUAAUGCCCGUCACCUCGAGAACGAACAGGUGGACCUCGAGACUAGUCAUUGCACUGCAACUGGUAACCUGGAGCGCAGUCAGUAUCGUCCUGCUCCAGAAGGGCGUCAGUUCCUUGCAGAGAAGAAUAUUGGACGAUAAUCAAGUUACCGAGGCGGAUCCAUCGAUCAGUGAGUGGAGCGAAUCGAACACCGUGUCGUCCGCGAAGGGCACUGAAAGCGAAAUUAGACAAUCUGUCGAUAAAAUCGCAAAUGUAAUCAUACGAUUCAAUCCAAAUUCAGCUCAGCAAAACUGGAACCAUUCUGGAUUAAACGAAAUUAAAAAUGACUUGGGAGAAGAGUUCGAUAUCGUCUCGGAUGAACGACGAUCUACGUUGUCCUUGCCGAAUUCUUUCGAGAUCUCAACGACUGAGCAGGAAACGUCAAGCUCCUUGCGAAUGGGAAAUCGCGUAUUGGAGGUAGACAAGCAUGAUCCCGACGGUAAAAGCACUUCCAACAGAAUUCUAGGAGUAAUUCAUGAUAAGAUUGCCAGCCAUGGAGCCUUAGCGAAUAUUUACGCAAAGGAUCUCGCUAGUUCAUUAGAAUCUGUUUCGCAACCGGUUUCAAAGGAAGAAAAUCACCAUGCGACAGGAAAGAAUACUGAUUCUACAAAAAAUACGUUGCAAUCUACUUCAACGUCUGUUCGAGGAAAGCCUGACGAUCAAGUCUCAAUGUCGGAUCCUCUUUGGAGGAGGAAAGACGAGGCGCGAUUUUUGCGCCGCGUAAGCGCCAGCGGAGCCACGAUGGCAAUCGCUAUGGUAGUCAUUGGGACUAUCAUGUUGUUGCUGGGGCCAGCCGUAAUUGUCUUACGUUUGUUGGACGAAAGAAGGCGGGCAAGAAAAUCGCAGAACGAAUUGUCAGACGAUAUCGCAUGGCGAGAAGACUUGCCACCAACAUAUGAACAAGUCGUCUUGAUGAACGAGGAAGCGCCGAGGUAUUCGACGCUGGUGUUGAGCAGUCGGGUUGAAAAUGACGUACAUUUGUCACCGUGUUCGCUGACGCUUUCCCCUUCGCGCUCGCCUUCACCUUCACCUUCACCUUCACCUUCACCUUCACCCUCACCUUUACUUUCAACACCUUUCUCACCUACUUAUGGCUCUUCCUUGAACCUUCCCACAAUAAAAUCACAUUCUUAUAGAUGAUGUUUCUCUGAUUUGUUGCAUGAUGAUGUUGCAGAAGAAGACAUCCCUCUGCCGCCUUUCAUACGAUACAAAAUAAAUCAUCUUGGCUGCAGAUAGCAUAUAGAUAUUUUAUAGAUGUGCUAUGAAUACUUUUAACAUAUAUUUAUAUACUCUAUCCCAUACAGAACAAAUAUCCAAAAUAUAUCUCAUGGAUAUUCUAUAGAUAUCGCGAUAUUUAUAGGAUAUCCAUGAGAUGAAUUUCGGAUAUUUGUUCUGUAUGGAUACCUGUAUGAUAGUAUUGAAAACACUAUUAUAGUAUAAUCGAAUGAUACAAUUAUAAAUGUGCUAUGAAUAUACACAGGAUAUUCGCAGAAUGCAGUUUAAUCAUAUGAUUUUACUCUUAAAAUUAUAGAGAAGCAAUUUAAGUAUUUUUUUUCGUAGAGAUGUGUAUAAUUAUUAUACACAUCUCGACAUAUCAUUAUAUAAUAAGUUAUAAUAAAUAUAUGCUACUAUUUGGAACAUUACGAAAACUUAUACUACAGUUAUAUGAAUGCAUUGCACAUGCACAAUAAGUAAACUUUACAAAUGUUCUAAGAAUAUCCUUUUCUAUUAAAAAUAUACAAACUUUUACAUAUAAUAUUGUACAUAUAUUAAUAGAAUAUCUAAUUUGAAUAUUCUGCAAUUAAGAAUAUUUGUGUUUAAUUUCUAAGAACAUUUAUAUUUCUCAUGUCAUAAAAAAGUUGCUGUUUAUUUUAGGAAGAGAACGCAAUUAAUCUAAAAUUAUUGUAGUGUAACAAGACAAUAUUUUUAAUAAAAUUACCGCGCAAUCAAUAGAUAUUUCUUGAAGCAACGAUAUUUUCAGCAUAUUGUGCUGUUGCAGAAAAUAUAUAUUAACCUUAGUAAAAAUAGCGGACAGAAACGGAUAGAAUCUACUGCUGCAAAUGCGGAUUUUUUAUGUUGUAUUUACAGAUAUAACAGAUAGCUUAUAGUUAGGAACGGAUAGAAAUCUUAUCUGUUUUUGUUUGUUUCUGUGCGGUAUUUUUACCAGGGAGAAAAAUUUUUACCAGGGAAAUGUUUGCAAGCUAUAAGUUCAGAAUUUCUAUCUAUUUGAGUUAUAGAACAAAAAUACAAUUGAGAAGAAUUACAAAAAUAUAGCUUUCAGACUUUUCUUUUAGAGUUUGCACCAAUAAGAAUAAUAUGUAUUAAUAUAUAAGAGCAUGAAAAAUAAGAGUAGAUGUUUAAAAAAUAUAUAAUUACCCAAUAAAAAAUUUUUCAU